CUGCUGCCACCUCCUGCUACUCAGUAGAGAUCUUUAGGCUCUGAUUCUCCGAGAUUCACCAAAGAUGUCUUACCAGGAACAGCAGUGCAAGCAGCCCUGCCAGCCACCUCCUGUGUGCCCACCGAGGUGCCAGGAGUGCUGUCCCCCACCGAAGUGCCAGGAGCUGUGUCCUCCGCCGAGGUGCCAGGAGUGCUGUCUUCUACCAAGGUGCCAGGAGCCGUGUCCCCCACCGAGGUGCCAGGAGCCGUGUCCCCCACCGAGGUGCCAGGAUCCGUGUCCCCCACCGAGGUGCCAGGAGUGCUGUCUUCCACCAAGGUGCCAGGAGUGCUGUCUUCCACCAAGGUGCCAGGAGCCGUGUCCCCCACCGAGGUGCCAGGAGCCGUGUCCCCCACCGAGGUGCCAGGAGUGCUGUCCUCCACCGAGGUGCCAGGAGCCCUGUCCCCCACCGAGGUGCCAGGAGCCGUGUCCCCCACCGAGGUGCCAGGAGUGCUGUCCUCUACCGAGGUGCCAGGAGCCGUGUCCCCCACCGAGGUGCCAGGAGCCGUGUCCCCCACCGAGGUGCCAGGAGUGCUGUCUUCCACCAAGGUGCCAGGAGCCCUGUCCCCCACCGAGGUGCCAGGAGCCGUGUCCCCCACCGAGGUGCCAGGAGUGCUGUCCUCCACCGAGGUGCCAGGAGCCAUGUCCCCCACCGAGGUGCCAGGAGCCCUGCCCCCUGCCGAGGUGCCAGGAGCCCUGUCCCCCGCCAAGGUGCCAGGAGUGCUGUCCUCCACCAAGGUGCCAGGAGCCGUGUCCCCCACCGAAGUGCCAGGAGCCGUGUCCCCCACUGAGGUGCCAGGAGUGCUGUCCUCCACCGAGGUGCCAGGAGCCGUGUCCCCCACCGAGGUGCCAGGAGCCCUGCCCCCUGCCGUGGUGCCAGGAGCCGUGUCCUCUGUGUUCACCAGUGCAGGGCCCGCCUCAGCCAUACCAGCAGAAGCACUCUCCUGUAUAGCCAUGCUCAGCCUAACAGCAAAAGGGCUGCACGACAGCAAGAACAGCUUUGGAUUUCCUCAGGACCAUGAAAUACAAAAAGAAUGGCUCUUAGUUUCUGGACUCCAUCCUUCUCCCUUUGGACUCUGUUGUAAUAACAUCUUCUCUAACCCUCAGCUUCUCGCAUGCCUGAAAUGACAGCCAAUAGAGACUACUCUGCUCCUGAACUUGACCUUUUGGGAGCCCUGCCUCUGCCCCUGGUGCAUGGCUAAGAUACGGUUAUGCUCAGCAAUCUUAGGAUUCCCAAAGCCGACAUGGAAUGAGUACAAGUGUGGGAGUUGGAGUCCCUAGCUUGCUAAAUGCCGGUUUCGCUUCUGUACGCUGGCUUGCUUGCUUGCCUGCUGUAACACCAUGACAGGCCUCAUCCUGGACCAGGAAGGAGGCAGGCCGGGUCCUUGAGAACAAAGAAAGUAAGCUCCCCUGGGAUUUAUAACCUUCUGCUCCCCACAAGCUCCCCUGGAAUUUAUGGCCCAAUGCUUCCCGCCAGUUCUCCUUUGUGUGGCGUUCCCGCCACAUAACGUAUAGCCUUUACGUUUAAAUGAACCAAUAAACAUGCUAGAUCCUAAUACCUUGCCAUAUAGAGAAUAAGAAGGUAACCUACGUAUGAGAUGACGUGCAUCCUUGUUAAUGUAAGGCUAUAAAAAUCUCUCUCACACAAAUGAGGGGGGCUUCUUGCCUGUGCACUGCUAAACGGCUGUGUGUAUCUGUAGGAGGUCCCAGCCGGCUGGUAACAAAUAAAUCUCUGCUUUUGCAUUCGUGA